CGCACAUUCCACCUAGUAAUUGCACCCAUCGCGAUCGUAUUCUGUGCUCUAAAUCAACACUAAAGUUAAAUACUUCUUUCACUGCGUGUAGCUGCACAUCGGCGAGAAUGAAGUUAAGUGUGCUGGUCCUGGUGGCUCUACUACCGCUGCUAGGAGCUGUUUCAGCGAAUCGCACUUUCGUGGUGGACUACGAAAAGGAUCAGUUCCUAAAGGAUGGCGAACCAUUUCGAUUCAUUGCCGGUUCCUUCCACUACUUCCGUGCUCAUCCAGCCACCUGGCAGAGGCAUCUUAGGACCAUGAGAGCCGCGGGUCUCAAUGCGGUGACUACCUAUGUGGAGUGGUCAUUGCACAAUCCGCGGGAUGGCGUUUAUGUUUGGAGCGGCAUUGCCGAUCUGGAGCACUUUAUACGCCUGGCCGUGGGCGAGGAUCUGCUGGUCAUCCUCCGCCCGGGCCCGUAUAUUUGUGCGGAGCGUGACAUGGGCGGCUUUCCUUACUGGCUGCUAAAUAAGUAUCCGGGCAUUCAGCUCCGGACAGCAGAUGUCAAUUAUCUUAGCGAAAUUCGCAUUUGGUAUACCCAACUGUUUGCCAAGAUGAGCAAAUAUCUGUAUGGCAAUGGUGGGCCAAUCAUCAUGGUUCAGGUGGAGAACGAAUAUGGCUCGUUCUUUGCCUGCGAUCUCAACUAUCGGAAUUGGCUACGCGACGAGACCGAGAGUCAUGUCAAAGGUCAGGCGGUGCUCUUCACCAACGAUGGACCCAGUGUGCUGCGCUGUGGAAAAAUCCAGGGCGUCCUAGCGACCAUGGAUUUUGGAGCCACGAACGAUCUCAAGCCCAUUUGGGCCAAGUUUAGAAGGUAUCAGCCGAAGGGUCCGCUGGUCAAUGCGGAAUACUAUCCCGGCUGGCUAACUCACUGGACGGAGCCGAUGGCCAAUGUUAGCACCCAAUCGAUUACCUCCACUUUUAUAAACAUGCUGGAUCAUGGUGCCAGUGUGAAUUUCUACAUGUUCUACGGCGGCACCAACUUUGGAUUCACAGCUGGUGCCAAUGACAUUGGACCCGGCAACUACAUGGCGGACAUUACCAGCUACGAUUACGAUGCACCCAUGACGGAGGCGGGGGAUCCCACUCCCAAAUAUCAGGCUCUGCGACGCAUCAUUGGCCGCUAUCUCCCGCUGCCAAAUCAACCCGUGCCCGGACCCGUUCCCAAGCGAUCCUACGGAACUGUGCGUCUAACCACAUGCUGUAGUCUUCUUUCGCAGGAGGCGAGAGCUCGCCUCUCCACCGGAUUUGUGCAGUCCGCCAAGCCGAAGAGCUUCGAGGCUUUGGGACAGUACUCUGGUUUGGUGAUUUACGAGACCUGGUUGCCCAGUUUCCAGCGUGAUCCGAGCAUCCUUAGCGUUCCCGGACUGGCGGAUCGAGGUUACGUUUAUGUGGAUGGUGAGUUCGUGGGUAUUCUGGCCAGGGAAACACCCGUGUUCGACUUGCCACUCAGUGCAAGUGCCGGGCGGAGGUUGCAGAUCAUCGUAGAGAAUCAGGGACGCAUCAACUACGGCCGUCAGCUGAACGACUUUAAGGGCAUCCUGCGGGAUGUGCGACUGGACAAGCAGGUGCUGAGCAACUGGAAUAUGACCCAAUUCCCUCUCGAGUCGUAUGACAACCUGGAGCAGCUGAUUACCCAAUCGGAUGAGGCAGUUCGUCAGGGCUUCCAGGAGCUAAAGAAGUUGCGCACAAUGCUGCGCACUGGUCCGGCCAUUUACCACGGUCAAUUGGACAUCCAGAAGGAGUCUGAUCUGGCAGACACCUAUCUGGACAUGUCCGGCUGGGGCAAGGGCAUUGCCUUUGUGAAUGGCGAAAAUCUGGGCAGGUACUGGCCCCUGGUGGGACCUCAAGUCACCCUGUAUGUUCCGGCCGCUGUGCUCAAGGUGGGCUCAAAUCGACUGGUGGUGGUGGAGUACCAGCAGACACCCACCUCACAGGAGCUGCACUUCCGGGAUACCCCCAUCCUGAAUGCGAGGACCGUUUAGUCGGCGGCCUAAGGACCUGCGCGACUUGCAUCCAUCGCUGUAGCCAUACAUCAUGCAUCAUCAUCCGUUUAUGUAGAUCUUAAUGUAAAUUUAUUCGGUUUAAGUUCUUUGCGAGACAUUAAAGCAACUCCGAGACGGACGCGUCCUGUCUGCCUCGUUAUCCCUUUU